AUGGUUGUCGUCGCCAAUCCAGCUGUUUAUGCGGCACCAACCGUCACCGGCGCAACCUGCGCCGUCAACAAGGAUGGGUGGUGCACCAACUCUAUGCUGAAGUUUGAGGGCAUCGACCUUGCCUCCGUCAAAGCCCUCCGCAUCGGCUCCACCGCCGCUGAGGAGAAGGGCAUCACGUGCGCUGACAAAUUCGCCGCCACGGCCACCACCGUCUCCUGCACUGUCGCCAUGGCGUCGUCGGCGAAAGCUGGCCUGUACCCCGUGACGCUAGUGCUCGACGACAAAACGCAGGUGGAGGCCGGCAGCGUGCUGCUCGGCGCCUUCUGGGAGCUGCCGAGUAUGCAGACCUGGACCAGCACGACGGCGUCGGGUCCGCACAAGGUGACGGAGCAGUCCAGCGACUGGCCCUCCACCGGCGACGCGUGGAGCAUCAGCGGCACCUUCGACCCCGCCAACCACUACAGCGUGCUCUUCUACAACAUCGAGGCCGAGGCCGCAGCUGGCAACCCAUCCCAAGUCACCUGCGCUCUGCUCACUGUCACCGCCACCAAGCUCACCUGCACGAUCAUUGCCGCCAAUGGCGUUAUGGGCAUGUACCGCUUCCUCGUGAAGGACACCACCAAGGACGUCCUGCUGCUCGGCUCCACGUCGCUCGGCGCCAUCGCCGUGAACCCGCCGCUGCCCACCGUCACCGGUGCUCAAGGAGAGUGCGCCACGAGCAGCACGGCCUGCGUCAGCGGUGCGGCGCUCACCAUCAGUGGCACCAACUUCAACUACCGCGACCACGCCUACCAGCAGUUCUUUGUCGGCGUCACGGAGGCGCAGCGCAGCGCCAUCCGCCUCUCGCCCACCACCGUCAGCACGACCGACCUCACCGCAAAGCUCACCGUCGCCGACGGCACGCCGGCCGGGAGCUAUCCCGUGUUUGUGAAGGUGCAGGUGUGCAUGAUGCACAUGAUGUCGCCGCCGCGCUAUGUGGGCAACCUGGUGCUGCAAUCCGGCUCCAUAGCCGGCUUUAACACGGACAUGCCCACUGGGAGUUCUUCUGAAACUGAGGGCGCAGCUGAUGGCCGUCGUGGCGGUAUGUCUGCGGGUUACAUUGCUGUCACUAUUCUUGCCGUGGUCUUCGGCGUGAUGUUCCUCAUCGUGCUUGGGGCUUUGACGUUCGUGUGCCUGCGCAAAGUCGAACGCCAGCAUCGUCUUCCGGAAGGAAAUCGCUUCUGGGACAGCAUGGCGAGUGAUGUACCAGCGGUGACGUCAGAUCGUAAGGGUUUCAGCAACGAUUGUGUUGUGCACUAG